AUGGCGGGAAAUCGUGAUCCUAGUGAAUUAGUAGACAUGAGUAUCUCCAUGUUAGAUGCUAGUGUGCACCUUGGGAGGACGGAUGAAUCCGUGUGGUCGACUGAGGGAAACACGGUCAAUAUUUUGAAUCAAGCUGGCAUGCGACGCAAAUUGAUGGACUCAGAAUCAAAGUUGUUCCGUGCCGAAACAGAAAUACUAAAAUUGAGGCAAGAUCUGGGGAAACGGGACUCCGUGAUCCGAAGUUUGCAGGACCGGUCUCGUGAUGUGACUUCAGUUCACGCUACUCAGAUUCGUGGCGAGAAAAGGAAAGCUGAUUUGAAACAAGAAGUGCGACAAGCAAAUUCAGAAAAGGAAAUCCGGAAACGUGAGCUUGAACACUUGAAUUCCGAAAUUUUGGAGCUGAAGCAGUCUUGCAACGAGAAGAUCGCCUCGUCGCUUUCUAGUCAAACCGAACUCCAGAAAGAACUUGAUGUAUUGAAAGAUGAGUUACGACGAACACGCUUAAAGCUAAACGAAAGCCAACAGACCGUCAAAGAGUUUGAUGAUAUGAAGAAAUUGGAGAAAGUAUUCUACACAAGGCUCACUGAUGUCCCGUCUAUUAUGUUGGAGAAUGAAAAGCUGAAGAAAAAUGACGAAUUAUUUCGACGUGGUUCGGCGAAGGCAUUGGUCUUGGAAGCUCAAAAUCACGAUUUGAAAGAGGAAAAUGCGAUGCUGCGUGAACAGCUGGACGAUUUUAAUGAUCUGAGAUCAGAAAAGGCCAUACUCGACGUGAAAUUAUCCUCUUGGGAAAGUGUUGGCGCCCAACUAAUUCCCUCGUCGUUGGAAAUAAAUCCUCACAAUCUUGCCGCAACCAUUGCCGGUCUGCAGGAGAAUGAUGUCAGGCUUGCAACAGAGAAUGGAAAAUUAAGAUCCGACUCCAAUGCCGCUGAAGUGAAAAUAUCUGAACAUCGUUCCAAGAUUGUUGCACUGAGCAAGACUCUCCGCGAGCAAGAGGAAAAAGCAAAUGACUUGCAGAGGCGUCUUAAUUCAGCCUUGCGAUUGAAGCAGCUUGUUAUCUUGGAACGUGAUUCCUGUCGACGUUUACUGGACUCGUAUCAGAACGACAUUACCGCUGCUUUCAGUCCAGCCGACCAGCGAUUGAGCGAAAUGGAAAACAUUCUCGCGGAGUAUCGGCAAGAAAUUGAGCGUCUGACAGCUCCGAGCUCACCUGUGCAUACAACAUUGCCCGAAGUAGCCACUGACUCUGAAGCAUCAAGUCUAAUGGAAAAGAAAGAUACGGACCAUUCAGAGACAAUUAAGAAGCUGAAGGACGCUAAUGAAUCGCUUACGAGAGAAGUUACGAGUCUUCGUGCUGCACUGGAGAGCGUUCAUGGUGGAACGAAUGCGCUAGAAGCCAAAGUGCGCGAGGCUGAGAAAAGUUGUUACCGUUUAGAAUCGGAGUUGGCGUUGGCUCGAAAAUUCCCUCCUUCAAAAGAUAAUCAUUCUCGAAUCGUCUUGGAAUCUGAAUUGGAUUCUCUGAAGCAUGAAAUAGCUGCUUUGAGGAAAGAGAAAACCGAUGUUCUGAGUGAUCAAUGCAGGAUUCUUGAGCGGUUCAACGUCCUUCUGCGGAAGAAAGAAGUGUGUGAAGAAGAAAAGUCGAAGAUCGAACUAAUCGUAGCCGAUGUGAAAAGCGCUCUAGUGGAAGCAGAAGCGAAGAAGAGUCAAGCUCAAGUGGAUCUUGAUGCAUCUCUCACGGAAUUUGAAACUCUGAAAUCAUGCGUGGAAGACAUGGAAGUUGUGCAGCGGGAAAGCGAAACACAGAUUACUGAGUUGACUUCAAAGCUGAUAGCACGAGAAUCCGAGUUGAAUUCGAAACAAUUGUUGGACGAAGAACUCUCUACCUGUAAGCAGAGACUUGAAGAACUUACCGUCGAAAAUGGCUCGUUGUUGAAACAAAUUGAAGAGCUGAAGAAAUCGUCAGAAACGAUAAAAUCUCAGAUCAAAGAUCAACCUGAAAGCUCGGAAGGAGGAAUUAUCGUUCGUUUGCGGAAUGGUCCGAUUGCCUGGCAACGGAAAGAGCGUGAAAACGAAUUCGAGAUGCUCAAGGCUGAAGUAAAAGCUCUGAGAACAAAGCUGGCUGUAGCAUCCUCGUCGAAAGGCGAAACGCCGUCUCUGGAUACAACAAGUGUUGGAAAAGAAGAUGAGUACAGUUAUAAGGAGAUUCGUGACCUGAAAUUAGCGCUCAAGCGGUCUGAAACGAUGUCGGAACGCCUGCGGAAGGAAUGGAAGGCCACCAGUCAAGAAUUUCGAGAGCUUGUUUAUCAGUUUUCGGGUUAUAAACUGGACAAAAUCGGCCCUGACAACUUCAAACUUACUUCGAUGUAUGCCGACUCACCGGAAGAUUUUUUUCUUCUUCGGAGAACAUCGGAUGGGUUGAUUGAAAUGCUCGAUUCGGACUUCUGCGGCGCCAACAAAACCUCUUUCGAAUGCUAUCUGACGAAACGGCGGUCAAUCCCUGCAUUCUUGGCUGCUGUAACGCUUGAUUUAAAUUCGCGUGAAACUGAGUAG